CGCAACUUGACCUUGAGCUCUAGGGUUUCCCUCGUAGUACUCUUUCGGAAGCUCCGCACCGAUGGCGGAUGCCGCUUCCGCCCUCGCCACCGCCAAGUCUCUCUUAGCUGAGGGCAAGUAUGAGGAUGCUCUUGCAAGUGCUGAGCUGGCGCUGAGUGGGUUUCAAAAGGCCGGCAAUCAGCAGAUGCAAAGUGAGGCCAUGAGUGCUAAGAUUGACAUCUAUCUGCACCAGCAGAAACGACCCGAAGCGCGGGCUGCCGCUCUUGAGGCAGUGGGACUGUUUAAGGCUCUAAACGACCCGCAGGCGGAAGCCAAGGCCCAGCUUUUAGUUGCACAGGUCUGCACGCAGACCCAGCGCUACCAGGAGGCCGCUGCUGCGGGCAAAGAGGCAUUGCGCUUAGCACGCCUCUCAGGCGAUAAAUCACAGCAGGCAAGUGCUUGGAAGGCUCUUGCCACUGCAGCAACUGACUUUGACUUGGACAAGGCUAUCAUUUCAUGGCAAGAGCAUUUGAAGCUGGUGAAGGAGCUCUCAUCACCACCCCAAGAGGCACAAGCACUUCUUCGGCUAUCAAAAGCGCACCUUUCGCGCCUGAGCAGGAAGCUGAGUGGUUGCGCAAUAGCUGACAAGGAUGACACCAUUGAAGCGCUGCGAGCUGCUAAGGAUGCUCACUCACUUUUCCGCAGAGAAAACGACCCACAGGGACAGGCGAACGCUUUGCAGCUUGUGGCACGUGCACUGCUUUUCAACGGUGUUCACCCAGAUGUAGUGGAGGCGAGUGGUGAUCCUGAAGAGAUUUUCGCAUCUGUGCUGAGUGGUGCUUACUCCAGCUCCAAGAAUGCUUUACCUCCGAAGCCAAGCACGAAACCACUAAAGCUAGAGGAAGUGGUGCCAGACAGCAAACAGUUGGACAAGAAUAAGUUUGCUUGGAGAAACCCAGUCGCUGGCUUUUGCUACACUGUGGUGUGGCAACCAACAAAGGACCGAGGUGUCGGCAACAACAAGCCACGCGGCCAGUAUGACAUGCUUAUGCUGCGUUCUGGCUACAAGCAUCAUGCCGUGCCUACGUCUGUGGGGCUGCGUUCCAAUGAAGCGUCUGAGAGGAAUGAGCACAUGAUGGUCUUCAUGACAACACAGGACCAUGCGAUGAACUAUUCUAGCUCCAUGAUGAACGUCCAACACACUAUUGGGGGAGUGGCCACGGCCAACCUGCGGAAGCUCGUCUUCGUGCAGUUUGGGGAGUCCUUUUUCGACUGGACAGACACUUCUGCUCGAACUGUGGAGAUGCACUCGGUCACCUUGGGCUUGUUGAGGUCUGCCAGAAUUGAAGCUCCAUUUUUGACGAUUGGCUUUGUUGGAGGCGACCUGGCUUCAUGGGUCCAAGACCCUCAACCGCUGAUCGAGAGCAUUUUUGACACCAUAGAGUCGGAUGAGUGCGAGGUGAUCUACAAAAACGGCGAAGGCUUUGCUCCAUCGAUGGUGCACAAGCCAUUAGAAGACACUGUGCAAGCAGUGAAGCCUGGAAAGACCCAGAGCCACUAUUUGAGGUGAGUCGACAAUUUCUGAGAGGCUGCCGCGUUGAUUUCCCCAGACAGCUUGAGAGAUGCAAAUCAACA